AUGUCGCUGUUGUACCAAAGUUCUAUACGUCAUCGGACCAUCGCCUCCUCCGAGGAAGAUUUUCCUUCACAAGGAGAGCAGAGAAAGCCGCCAAGUUCGGAGAAAGAAAUCCCAGGAUUACCAUCAAAGUGGGAUCUCUUCGCUACGCUAGCCGGCCUUUGGGAAGAUUCUGUUAUGGACAACAUCGACGAGGAAUUUGACCGGCUUGUUGAACACCUUCACGACUGCGCGAAGAAGGCUGAGAGUUUUAAAACCACCAAGAAGUGCCUGUCUCCUAAAACUCUUGAGCUGAUACGCCAGCGUGGAGCAGCACGAGCCGCAGGGAACCAAGAACUCACGUCCGAGCUCGCAAGGCUUUGCAGAGAGGCGAUAAAGCAAGAUCUUAAAGAGAGAAGAGCAGAAGUGCUGGCUGAAGCUGCAGAGGCGGGGAAAAGCAUCCGCUAUGCCCGUCGAGACUUCGCCAGUCACAAGACGAGGAUGACUGCUCUACGGAAUCCAAAGGGAACAGCAUCGAGAAGGGGGAUGGAGAAAAUCAUCUACGACUUCUACUCUGAUCUCUUCGACAGCCAUGUCCACUUGCCUCCUCACCAUCUGAGGGAAGACGGACAAGUCAUUCCAGAGGUUCUCCCGUCCGAAAUACGACAUGCUAUCCUUCCGCCAGUACUCAUCUGUCGGAAUGCAAGGAUUGAAAAAGUCUUGGACGAAGGACAGCCAUGCGAGCAAGCAGGGUUUCGAAAAGGAUUCAGCACGAUUGACCACAUUCACACUGUUUCUAAACUCAUCGAGGUAUCACGAGAGUACAAAAUGCCGCUCUGUCUCACCUUCAUCGACUUAAAGAAGGCCUUCGACUCAGUUGAGACGGAAGCGGUCGUGGAAGCCUUGGACAACCAAGGCGUCCCUACUCAGUACAUAAAGAACAUCAUCAUUGACAUGAAGAGGGGGUCCGACAGGGUGACAGGGGCUUGGGGAGCGUACAAGAGCAUCGAGGAUGUAGUGAAGAAGACCAGGAACACCCGGCUCCGUGCUCAUCUUUUCAACACCACCGUACUUCCUGCUUUGACCUAUGCUUCGGAAACCUGGGCAUUUCGCAAGCAGGAAGAAAACGCGGUGAGCGUCAUUGAACGCGCAAUUGAGAGAGUGAUGCUAGGAGUAUCCCGUUUCACGCAAGUGAGGGACGGGAUUCGAAGUUCUCUCCUACGUCAACGAUCGAAGAUUAGAGACGCCGCCGCGUUUGCCAAGGAAAGUAAAAUAAGGUGGGCCGGACACGCGAUGCGCUUUAAUGACAACCGUUGGAACAGAGCCGUGAGCGACUGGGUUCCCCGCAAUAUUAAGCGCACAACAGGAAGACAGCCGACCCGAUGGUCAGAUUUCUUCACGAAGUCCUUCAAAGAAAAAUAUGAAGCUCUUCGUGUCCCACGCGAAAGGAGGAACCACUGGGCUUCUCUGGCACGCGAUCGGGACAAAUGGAAGAAUUACUGGCGCCCGCUCGACCAGUUCGAAGAUCAACGGGAGUCAAGGUGA